AUGAGAAAACCUUUUUUUUCUUUUGUGAUUUUUGCCUUCCUUAAUGAACUUUAUGGGUCAAACUCCUAUAAAUCUCAUCCCUCAUGGCACUUGGGCAGAGCUAGAGACACAGAGCACCAAGAAAGUGGGAGAAGAAGAAAGUUAGUUAGCAUGGUAAGAUCUCCAUGUUGCGAGAAGGCUCACACGAACAAGGGAACUUGGAGUAAAGAAGAAGACCAACGCCUCAUCGCCCACAUCAAGGCCCACGGCGAAGGUUGUUGGCGCUCUCUCCCCGCUGCCGCUGGCCUCCUCCGGUGCGGCAAGAGUUGCCGCCUCCGGUGGAUCAACUACCUCCGGCCUGACCUCAAGCGCGGCAACUUCUCUAAGGACGAGGAGGAUCUCAUCGUCAGCCUCCACGCCGUCCUAGGCAACAAAUGGUCAUUGAUAGCUGCUAGACUUCCGGGGAGGACGGACAACGAGAUAAAGAACUACUGGAACACACACAUCAAGAGGAAGCUACUUAACAAGGGAGUGGACCCGAUCACGCACCGGCCGAUCGACCGGCCAUCCGACGAAGUGACCAAGUGCCCGGACCUCAACUUGGAGCUGUGCAUGAGCCUCCCAAAUUCGCAACAAGAGGCCAAGCGCACCGUGCUAAGCAGCAACAGGAAGGAAGGGACCUUCUUCAGCACUGCAAUGUUGAACUACAAAGCCUUCAGAUGAAGUAAAUCUUUAGAAAAGAAAAUUUGUGGGUUUUAGAAUUCAAACAAAAAAUUGCUCUUAAGUGUUAAGUUGAAGAUAUAUAGUUUGUGAUAAUAGAAGAGUGAGAUAAUAGAAAAUCUCCCCAUUUGUGGGAAGAUAAAGAAUUAGGUGGAUAAGGCAAGA